AAAAUAGAAAAAUAGAACCCCACGAGACUACGGGAGAGGGAAAGAGAUUUAUUACAAUUAGGGUUUGAAGCUCGACCCGCCAAAUCUUCUCCGCCAAAAAGACCUAGUUUUUCUUGUUUUGCUCCUCCUUUUCCGGCAUUGUCUUCUUACGAAUCGGAUCCCGAUCCGGAUCUUCCAACCUACCUUUUCGGACUCUAACCGAUUCUCUUUCCGACUAUGGCAGCGGAACAUUCGCCUUCUUCCUCGGCGGAUAGAUCGGAACCUCCUAAGGAUUCCUCGAUGACACAAGUUGAAGAAAAAACCGUGAGUUCUAAGGAGAUAUUAUCAGUAAUUGAUUCAUUAAAGAAGCAAAUUUCAGCUGAUCGAUCUCUUUCUGUAAAGAAAAGGUUGGAAGAAAACGGGAAAAAAAUAGGUGGUAUAACAAGCCAUCUUUAUAAAUUGUCAAAUGAACGAAGAAGCAAUUGGUUUGGUGAUGCCGAUAGUGCUUCUGAUCUAUUGACAAAGAGGCAAAAAGAUGCUAUUGGCAUGCAAAAUGGCAUUGACGUAAGUAAUGGGGAUAAAGAUGGUUAUAGCUAUCAAGAACCUUCUACAGCAGUUCUUAUGGGGUCUAGCAUUCCUGUUAAGAAUGCUGUUCGUCCUAUUAGGCUUACAGAAGUGAAAAAGCCGCCACCUUAUACGACAUGGAUAUUUCUAGACAGAAAUCAAAGAAUGACAGAGGAUCAAUCAGUGGUGGGUCGAAGGAGAAUAUACUAUGAUCAAAAUGGUGGUGAAGCACUUAUCUGCAGUGACAGUGAGGAGGAAAUAAUGGAGGAAGAUGAAGAAAAAAAAGAUUUUGUUGAAUCUGAAGACUUCAUUCUCCGAAUGACUAUCAAGGAAGUUGGUUUGUCUGAUCGGGUGCUGGAAUCACUAGCACAAUGUUUGUCUAGAAGUCCUGCUGAAGUCAAGGCAAGAUACGAAACUCUUAUGAAGGCGGAGAAGGAUGUUGGACCCUCUAAGAAUAGGGAUACUGAAACACAAAAUUGGAAUUCCUUUCUUGAUAAGGAUCUUGAAGCAGCACUUGAUUCUUUUGACAAUUUAUUUUGUAGACGGUGCCUUGUCUUUGAUUGCAGAUUACAUGGAUGUUCUCAGGACCUAAUCUUUCCUGCUGAUAGACAAAAUCCUUGGAACCAUCCAGAUGAAGAGAAUGCACCUUGUGGCCCGCAUUGCUAUCGUUUGGUGCUUAAGUCAGAAAGAAAUGGCACAGUUAGGUCUCCAAUGAAUCCCGAAGACAAGUCAAAUUCUUCAUCUGAUGGUGUUGCAGCAAAAAUAUCAUCUAGUAAGAAAUCUGCUAGGAGGAAGGCAAAGUCGAGCCAAAGUGAAAGUGCUUCAUCCAAUGCUAGAAAUCUUUCAGAAAGUAGCGACUCUGAGAUUAGACCUGGGCAUGAAGAAUCCUCCCUUAUCCCUCAGUUAUCACCUUCUAAAAAUAAAAUUGCCGGAAAAUCUGGCAUUCUUAAGAGAAAUAGCAAGCGAGUUGCUGAACGUGUUUUAAUUUGCAUGCGCAAGAGGCAGAAGAAGAUGGCAGCUUCUGAAUCUGAUUCACUUGUGAGUGGAUGUGUUUCAGCUACAGAUAUGAAACACAGGUCUAGUCCAUUAAAGCAAAAUGAAGAUGCAGCGUCUUCUUCUCAUAAGGAUGUAAAAUCUUCAAACAUAGUAAGGUCUAGGAAGAAAGACUGGCGGUUAAAAGGAGUGCAAGGAGUUCCCUCUAGUGAGACUAUUAAUGAUCUUGCUUUCACUAGUAGCAAUGAUUGCCCAAGAAAAGAAGAGUUUGUGGAUGAAAAUUUAAGUAAACAAGAACUAAGUGAUGUAAAAUCAUGGAAAGCUAUUGAAAAAGGUCUUUUUGAGAAAGGUGUGGAGAUUUUUGGCAGGAACAGCUGUUUGAUUGCCAGAAAUCUUUUAAACGGUUUGAAGACAUGUUGGGAGGUUUUCCAAUACAUGACCGGCUCUGACAAUAAACUGGCUUGCCAUGCAGCAGAUAGUGUUCUAUCUCUUGAAGGCUGUUCUAAAUAUGACCUUAAUGGAGUUAUGGGAAAUAAUGAAGUAAGACGGAGAUCAAGAUUCCUACGUAGAAGGGGUAGAGUCCGUCGUUUGAAAUAUACCUGGAAAUCAGCAGCUUAUCACUCAAUCAGGAAAAGGAUUACUGAGAGGAAAGAUCAGCCAUGCCGGCAGUAUAAUCCAUGCAGUUGCCAAACAGCUUGCGGAAAGCAAUGUUCUUGCCUUUUAAAUGGAACAUGCUGUGAAAAAUACUGCGGAUGUCCUAAGAGUUGCAAGAAUCGAUUUAGAGGUUGUCAUUGUGCUAAAAGUCAAUGCCGAAGCCGUCAGUGUCCAUGUUUUGCUGCAGACAGGGAAUGUGAUCCGGAUGUUUGUAGAAAUUGUUGGGUCAGUUGUGGUGAUGGCACUGGUAGUCUCGGGGUUCCUCCACAAAGAGGUGACAAUUAUGAAUGCAGAAAUAUGAAGCUUCUUCUAAAACAACAACAAAGGGUCUUGCUUGGAAGAUCAGAUGUAUCUGGAUGGGGAGCUUUCCUGAAGAAUAAUGUCGGGAAGCAUGAGUACCUUGGUGAGUACACUGGGGAGCUGAUUUCCCAUAAGGAAGCAGAUAAGCGUGGGAAGAUAUAUGACCGAGAAAAUUCUUCAUUUCUCUUCAAUCUGAAUGAUCAGUUUGUUCUUGAUGCAUACCGAAAGGGUGACAAAUUGAAGUUCGCCAACCAUUCUCCUGAACCUAAUUGUUACGCCAAGGUCAUUAUGGUUGCAGGUGAUCACCGUGUGGGUAUAUUUGCCAAAGAACGAAUUAAUGCAGGAGAGGAACUAUUCUAUGACUACCGUUACGAGCCAGACAGAGCUCCUGCCUGGGCUAGAAAACCUGAGGCGUCUGGGUCCAAAAAAGAGGACGGUGCUCCUUCGAGCGGACGAGCUAAGAAACUCGCCUAACCUUACUAUUUUCUUACAUCCUAUGAAUUUUUUUUGCCAUUCUUUCACAGGUGAAACUUAGAAAGAUCAUUCUCAUUUGGCAUUGAUAGACGAUGGGAAAAAUGAAUAUUGUUGGGGAUGCCAUUAUUGUUAUCUCCACGGACUCAUUUGAUUUUUGCGCUCUAAUUCAUGCUUUAUUUCAGACUUAAAGACUGUUGCGUUCACGUACAUUG